AUGCGCCACAUCUGGGUGCAAGUCUUCGAGGCCUGGGCUGUUACCCGCCUCCUAAGAAGCCCGACGUUCCAUCGCGCCGUCGGAAGCGUGCACAAAGGUAUCCGACGAGUCAUCCACGGCAAACCGAUGGAAGAAAUGGGUGGCACAAAUAUCGACCGACCAUCGUUCUUGAACCAUUUCGCCGAUGAGGUGAAGCGCCAGAUCAGAGACGGAACUCGAGAUCAGAAGAGGCUUUGA